AUGUCUUCUGUCUACGAUUUCACCGUCAAAAAUGCAUCCGGCGAUGACGUGAAUCUGUCGGAGUAUCGGUGAGUUUUCGGAUAAAUAUAAUUUGAAACAAAUUUUGUGAUUUUCAGCGGGAAAGUGCUGAUUAUUGCAAAUGUGGCGUCACAGUGCGGACUGACCAACAAAAAUUACACGCAGUUCAAGGAGCUGCUCGAUGUGUGAGUGAUUGGAAAUGCCUUUCUGAAACCAAUUCACUUUUUCAGUUACAAGAAAGACGGCCUCGAAGUGCUCGCCUUUCCGUGCAAUCAGUUCGGCGGCCAGGAACCGUCGUGCGAGAUCGACAUUCAAGCGUUCGUCGCCGACAAAUUCAAGUUCGAGCCGCAAUUGUUCCACAAGAUUGAGGUGAACGGAGAGAAGGCCUCGCCGUUGUUCAAGUUUUUGAAAAACGAGAAAGGAGGAUUUCUAGUGGACGCGAUCAAAUGGAACUUCACAAAGUUUUUGGUCGGCCGCGACGGCGCAGUCAUCAAGAGAUUCGGACCGACGACGGAUCCGAAGGAUAUGGAGAAGGACAUCAAGGCGGCGUUGGGAGAGAGACUCUAA